UCUUUCACAGACAUCUUACAGAUUGUGGCUAUUUUGUUUUACAUCUGUACAUAUGCCUUCCUGUAUGAUUUCUGUCAUUUCCAAGACAAAAUCUUAAACUGCCAAUCUGUGCAAGAGGGGCUAAUAAAACCAGGUAUUUAUUUUACUCAGUUAUUAAUGAAGUGGUGUAGGCCUCAAGCGUCUCUCCUGGUUGUCAUGGUAGCUCAGGCUGCAAGCCUCCAGAAAACAUAAAAGAACAGUAAGUGCAAGACCACACAUUCCACCCUGUCUUGUUGAUUAACCAGGCUGUCAAAUGAAAGCAAAGCACCAGUACAGUCACAGAUAAAAUCUGCAAAGUGAAGAGCAACACCGCCAAACUACUCAACAGACAAGAAGCGAUCUAAACACCUGAAGCAAGAAAUGGAGGUAAAAGAGAUCAAUAUAACUGCAAAUGAAGAUACAGGCCAAUAAAAGCCUCAAUGUAGGACCAGCAUGGAUAGCUGGCUUGGAAAGAGCCAGAAAAGGUGAGAAAACAUUUCCAAAAGUAACUCUUCUUGCAACUUCAAGAUAUAAGAGUACUGCUUGUAUGGAAGAACUCUGCUUAAGCAUAGCGAGUCAAGUCAAAUGUGAAGUGGUGCUGGUUUUGGAGGCAUGAUAUGAACGAAGCAAAGCAAAGCUAAGGCAACGCAGGAUAAAUGGCUAUGAUGUCUUCUGAAUAUCCUGAAUACCCUGAUCAUCAUGAGGAACAGAAUAUUCUGUGCCGCAGAAGAUUUGAAAUGUAUGCUGGAGUAAUACUUUGAAACAAAGCUGAUGUUGGCUACUAGUUCCCUAUACACGGAACUGCAUGAAUAGACUGAAUAAGGAAGUAAAAUUCGUAUGUCCCUGCACCCUGAUAUAUGUUUUGGGCUACCCUAUUUCAUACAUCCCCAUGUCUGGAAGACUGCCUGCCCUUUGAGCAGUCAUGUGAAUGGAUGCACAGCUUCUCUGAAAGCUGAGCAUGUUCUAGAAGCAGCAAAAGCACAAUAUAAGAUGCCUGGACCUCAGAAUAUGAAUCAACAAAAUUGUAAUUCAACCCUGGAAGUAACUGACUUCUAGCACAAAAGCUCAUGGAAAAUAAAGUAAAGCAGCUACAACUUUCUCCAGUCUAAAGAGGUUUACUUGUUAGAUCUCUUUCCUUGCCUUUACCAUGAGGUCCCAGGAGGAUUACGAAUUGAAAAUACAGUAUUAAAAACUUGCUACUAUAUUACACACUGCUCUAUGGGAGACCACACCUGGGCAACUGCCCAAGGACUGUACUUUUUUCUGCAAUGAAGGCUUGCCAAACAGUUUACACCUCCAAGUAGAAAUAGAGUGAGCAGGAAAAUGUCACAUUGCCAUCAUUCUGAUUCCUAUGCACAGAACAUCAGUUCAACUAGAACACUGAGCAUACUGUGCUGUCAUCUGGCUCUGGAUUGUAAUAUAGUGCAGAUCCUCUGAGUUAUUGGAUUUUAUUUUGAUCUUGUAUUUUAGUUUUAUUAUGGUGUAUGAUGAAGCCAAUAAAACUUACUUAACUUGUUGCAAAUCUGAAUCAGCUGCAUGUUGUCCUGAUUGAUGCCUGUGCACAGCUAUUCUUGAAUAAAGGAAGUGCUCAGAAGACCAAGAGGAAAGCUCCAGUCUGUAUUCUAUGGAAGUUAAUGAAAAACUGAUUCAAGGCAUAUCUCAUCUAUGGUUAUUGCAUUAAGGACUGCAAAAGAAUUAAAACUGAAGUCUAUGAAGUUGCAGUCAUCAGAUCUGCUGAUUUAAUGAAGUGAGGUUCUUGUGGGUAAGAACACUGUUAUAAUGAUGGCAGUAUUAGCCCAUGGACACCAUCUCUUUUUGGUUGGCUUCUUAGGCUUCUGUCUGGAUAGUUUUGUACAAGGCCAAAAGAAUAAUACUCUUAUUUUCACCAAGGAAAGCACGAUUCGUAACUGCACAUGUCCUGAUGAUAUUAGUGACAAUGACUGCGAUUACAGUCUGGCAAAUCUGAUUUGCAAUUGCAAGACUGUUUUGCCCUAUACAAUAGACAAAAGCUACUACAAUAAUCUGACAAUUUGGUUCACGGAAACAUCCAUGUUGAGAAUGCUGUUGAACUUUACAGCUGUGUAUGACUUGAAGCUCUCACUAUGUGGCACAAUUCCUCUGUCAGCAAAAUAUCUGACCAUUUGGGGACUGCGAAGACUACAGAUAAAAAGUGAGAUCAAUGGCCAGAUACGAGAACAAAGCUUAACUAUCUACAGCAGCCACGACAAUGAAGCACAAGGCAAAUUAAAGAUGCCAUGUAGAGACAGAAACAUGAUCACAUACAUUGCUGUUUUAGACACCUCUCUCUUCAAUGGCUACUCUCCACUAAAAUCAUACAGCGUGGAAAACAUCUCCAACAUUACAGACCACUUUCCACAUCUGCCAUAUUUGGAUACGUUCUUCACCACAAAUAAUAAAAGCUGUAUUAUAACAUUCAUAUACUGACACAGUAUGCUUGGCCAUUUCUAUAGAGCAGCCAUAGGCCGUUGCCAGAAAUACAAUCUUGUAGAAACAGAGCUCCUGGCAUUGCUUUAGAAGAUGGAAUCCCCAAGGGAUGCACUCACUUUGGGGCAACCAUGCCAACGAUGGGAGGGGCCAUGCCAGCCAUGCAAAAACAAUCAGGGUAUGAAGUAGGGCCAGUGAAGGGCAUGGCCUGAGAAGAGCUUUGAGGGCUAGAAACUGGCUCUCGAUUCGCCACCUUUGCUUCAAACCACACACACAAAUAAAAAUGUAGAAUGAAACCAAAUUAGCACUGGCUCUGUAUUUUCUAUUUGAGUAAACAAUGGGGGAGUUCAUUUUCAUUCAAAGCUCCUCUGUUAGCUGUCUACAACCUGCUAUGUUCAAAACAUAGGCUAACUGACUACUUGACUCUUUGGUCCUAUCUCAAGCAACAAAAUUGUUUGCAGAGCUCAAUAGAUUCAACACUAACUCCCAAUCAUUAUUCAUCAUGAAGUAUGCCCUUAAAGUAUGCUGUGCUUAAAGUGCCCAAGCAUUACUCUGAACUGGGUCCAUAGGAUCAGAUAUCCUAGGAUAUUGCUUGGCAAAUAUGGAUUGAUCUUACCAACAUUUUAAAUUGGAAAAUAAUGCCAUAACAUAUAAUUAAAAGCAGCUACAUUAAAAUAAGCACCUAACCAACGUGUAGAUGUCCAGUGACAUAGAGAAAAAUAUGUCAAGAGUUAUAAGGGGAGUUGGAAUACAGUAAUUCAGGAAGUUGUGAUGAGUUUGCUUGACUAAUCUUCUUUCAGUUGAAAGAAAUAACUGGUACAAAUCCUGAAAACAGGAGGCUUCAAAACAUAACUCAUGCAGUAGUUGGAUUAUUCAUAUGUCCUGAAAUGCAUAAUUAAAUUCCACUAUGAUAAAAAUAUAAUAAACCAGCUUCCUGGAUGGAAAAAAAAUUGAUGGGACAAAGUAGCUGUCCACUUCAUGCUAUAGACCCAUCAAAUAUGAGCUAGAGAUCUAACCAUGUAUAGGACUCAGCUCUUAAGUUGAACAGUAAUUCAGAUUGAGGAAAAUAUUUUAAAUGUCCAGAACCCUUGAAGCAGUGCCAAAAAACCACUUCCAAGAUUUGAAGUGUUAAGUACCGACAGCCUUAAAUAUGGAUAAGUACCAGCUCUUUACAGCACUUGUUCUUCUGUGACGUUCCAUCCCAUGAUGCUCUAUUAUAUUAAUAAACAUUUAUAAGAGUGCCUAAAAUAUACUGUGCACCGUUCAAAUGUUAAAAGGCAAGACUGUAAUCCUGCAACCAAACACGGUCUAACACAAAAGGGGAAGGGAUCAGGAAGGAAGCUGAAAACAUGCAAACUCAGGUUCUAAUUUUUAAACUUAACAUACUUGUUCUUAAGAGUGACCAGCUGGAAUGGCAAACGUUCAGGGAGAGAAGGAAGCAGCCAAAUAACAGCUGUUUGAAUGCUUAAACAUGGAAGAUCAGGCAAAAGAAAUACUUCUUAUGCCAGCCAUGAUCUCACUGGCAGCUGGUGCCACUGGCAUGGGAAAUAACCAUGCAAUUGGCCCUUCCAUCAUGAAGUUAUGCAAGUGUUCUUAAGGUGACCAGUUGGAAUGACAACUGUUAAGGGGAGGGAAGAACCAAAUGGUAGUUGUAGUAGUGUUUAGACAUUGGCCCAGGAAAUGACCAUGUUAUUGACGCCUUCCCUCAUUCAAAUAUUACUGAAGAGGUAGGCAAUGGAGCCAUGAAGGAGUAGGAAUCAUACACAUCUGUAAGGUUAAGAACUGCCUUGGACAGUGAUUUGGGUACUUCAUGACUUGAUCUCCAGGAAUUAAGUUUUAUUCUGUAAUUUUAUUAGUACAAAAUCUAAGUAUGUGUAAAUUAAAAUAAGCAAAUUAAUGGCUUCAUUCCAGGUAAUUACAUUAUCCCACAGUAUACUGCUCAGCACUACACAAGUGGUUAGCACAAAGCUCUCCAGAUAAUUGGCUCCUCUACUUCCUAUAGUGUUUCUGCAGUGCUGGAUUCUUAUGCUUUAAAGCCUCUUUAUAUAUAUUACAUAUUUAAUAUACACAUUUAAAUAUUUUAUAUGUACACAUUAAAAUGCAGUGAUUGUGGACAUCAACUGUAUACUGAGUGUUGUGUGCCUCAUACAGGUAAAUGCACCUGUAGCUGGGGUUUUCAACUGUAUGAGCAGAUUAAAACAUGUUUUGUUACUGUAUAGCACAAAGUGAUCCUUAGAGAGAAUAAAUCAAAAGAACAACAUUCUGAACUUAUUACUAUGUCUUGUUGACCAGAUAAAAAACAAUGUAGAUAAACACAAUGUCAAAUCAGCAACUUUUGGAAAUAAUAUACGUAACUUAAAUGUGAAAUGACUUUCUUAUACAAUAUUCAUGAUCAUAUUAUUUAACUGUGAUGUGGAUUUCUCCUUGUGACACCAUAGCUCUUGGCAUUUGACUACCUGAUAAUAAUUACUUAUGAGUUACGUUGUUUGAGAUGCAGUUUGUAUUUGGAAUACUAAGCUCAGUAAACAGUGUGAACAAUAAUGUAUCCAGUUUUACCAGAUGAAAAUGUUAUCAUGCACAUCAAGUUUUAACUAAGCACAGCUAUUUUCUUUGCAGUUUUUACUAAUGCCAACUAGCAAGUGAUUUUGCUUGAGCUACGUGAUUAUGCUGAAUAAAAGACGGUUUUGAAGUAUUUUA